AAGCCAAGAUGUCAGCAACCCUCAACAUGAGCUCUUUCGCGGCUUCGGCAAACAGACGUAUACAAAUAAAUGGCCUACACAGUCCGUCAUGGCGGGCAUUACGGAUUUCCAAAAUCGGAUUGACCAUGAACAAUUCAUUCCAAGCACGACUACGCUCGACAGCGGAAGCAAUGCCAAAAAUCGCUCAGGCGUCAACAUGGCAGUCUAUCAUCCCUAAAUUCCUUCGAAGCGGCGGUUCGAGUACAUCUCCUAGGACGAAAUCCAAAGAGUGGAAUCCUGCGACAUUCUACGUCGUCAUAUGGACACUAAUAGGUUCUCAAGCCAUCCAGAUGCUGGUUCUUCGAAAAGAUUUUGAAAACUAUACACGAAAGGCCGACGCAAAGAUACGGUUGCUUCGGGAGGUGAUCCAGAAAGUAAAUAACGGGGAGAAUGUCGACGUUGAAAGACUGCUGGGAACGGGUGAUGAAGUGAAGGAGAGGGAGUGGGAAGAAGUUCUCCAGGAAAUUGAAAAUGAAGACUCCGUAUGGCGCCAAAAAUCUCACGAUCACCAAAGAAAUGACGAAUCCAGCUCGUCUACACCCGGUGACAUAAUGGAUAAACCACGGGAUAGUGUGGUAAAAUCAGAAAAAUUUCCACAAGCAUCUACGGUACCUGCAAACGAAGUUUCAAAAACUGCUAGAUUUUACUAACCUGGCUCUAAUGGUUAAUGGCCUGCUUGACUCUUAAAACGUGAUACCCAUUCAUGGCUGGCUCGGUGGUUUUGACGUUUGUACGGCAUUGUCCUCCCGCGGUG